AUGGCGGGAAGGUCCCGGGGGAACCUAGAUAAGAGUCCUCAUGGAAGGAGCGGGUGCAUGCUCAAGAGCAACGUGCUGGCCAUUUCGACGCUGAACGUCUUCUUCGCUCUCUUUGGCAACGACUUUCAACUAGCUUUCUUUGAUAAAUCAGCAGACACCGCCUUCCAAAUUGGGUUCAUCGUAUCACUCGUCCUCUUCCUCGCAGAGAUGAUUGUCACCAUUCUCGUCGACGAAAACUAUAAGUGGAGUUUCUUUUUCUGGUUGGACGUUAUUGCGACUGCUUCUCUCUGUCUCGACGUUCCAUGGAUCGUCGACCCAAUAUACGCAUUUCUCUUGAACACGAAAACAGAUCGCAAUUCCCAUGUAGGAGCGUCCGCAGCCAGGGCUGGCAGGGCCGGGAGAAUUGGACGCAGCUCAACAAACAGGGCCGGCAAAAAGUCAGAAGGUCGAGGCAAGCAGACUCAGCAAAACGCUAUCCGAUUCAAAUACUCGAAAGGUGGUCCUGAAAAAGGCUGGUUGACUGCAGAAGGCUGGGAGAAACUUCUCUGGGUUUACAAAGAGAGUUACAAAGGAAUGCACCUGAACGGAGAGCCGUUUGAGCGACAGAUGCUCUCCCUUGAGGUGCCGGACCUAGAAGGUGGAGGCAGAGUUAGAACGUUGAAUAAAAUAACUUCCGGCGAUGGCUCUUUCCUGUUCAGCUCCUUCACGCAUACAUUAGUUAUCGAGCCCAUAGAAAAGAUGGUCCAAAUCAUCAAACAGCUGGCACGAGAUCCUCUAAAGCGGCCUCAGGUCACUGGCAAUGACGAAGUUGCCACCUCGAAGAAGCACAAGAAUGAGAGCAAGCUUGAAACAAGCAUGCUGGAAAACACAAUCCUGAAAAUAGGAGGCCUGAUGCAGCUAGGUUUUGGCCAAGCUGGAGCGGAGAUCAUUGCCCAGAACAUGUCGUCUGAAGGGGGCAGUCUGGACUUGCUCAUCCCGGGGAAGAAGGUUCACGGCGUCUAUGGGUUCGCGGACAUCGUCAACUUCCAGGAUAUUACAGAAUGCCUCUCAGAGGAAGUCAUGGUCUUCGUCAAUAAAAUUGCUAGGAUAGUCCACCACUGUGUCAACGAGUGGGGAGGAACAACGAACAAAAAUAUCGGUGACUCAUUUUUUGUUGUUUGGCUUGUGGACGACGACGAAGAGAGGGAUGCGGCUGAUAAUAAGUCCCUCGCCCGCACGUCGGUGUUAGGAUUCGGCAAGAACUCCCAGAGCGAUACAGCUGCAAAAAAGGUGAAGGACUUAUGCAACAAGUCGCUCUUUGCAUUUCUGAAAGUCCUUGCGGAAUUCGGUCGUGCUUCAGACUUGGCGACGUAUGCAAAACAUCCGAAAAUAAUCCCCCGCUUCGGCGCUGGAUACACUGUACAUCUGAAUCUCGGUCUCCACUGUGGCUGGGCAAUACAAGGAGUCAUCGGCUCGAAGUUCAAAAUCGACGCGUCAUAUUUCUCCCCUCACGUGAAUCUGGCAGCACGCCUACUGAGUGCGACUCGCCACUUCGGAGUGAAUAUUUUGUUCUCUGACGCAUUCCAGUCCAACCUCUGUGCGCAAGCACAGUCUCGGUGUCGGCAAGUCGACUGUGUUGUCCUUAAAGGCACUCACAGUCCAAUUAAAAUAUUCACGUUUGACAAUCUAAGAGAUGCUUUUGAGGGGUCCCAACUUGAUCACCCCAAGUUGGGGAAAUUCCAUCCACCGGAUGAUGCUUUAGAAACAAGCGAAAACGUCGACUGGAUGUUUAUGGUGGAUCAAGACAUUGCGAUGAUGCAGAGAGGAAUAACCGUGGAGUUCCAAGCAAUGUGGAGACAAGCCCUAGAAAACUACUUGCGGGGAGAGUGGAGUAAAGCAGAAGAGUUUGCCAGGAAAUGUCUCAUGGUGAUGCCAGACGAUGGCCCUUCAUUGCAUUUACUCAACUAUUUGAAAAGCUUGGAUGGAGUGCCUCCUGCGGACUGGCAAGGUUACCGAAACCUGCAAAUGAAGUAA